UUGUACUCUUUCAUGCCGCAAUUUAAUUGAAAAAUUUAGUUCUGUGUGUGCUCAUCUUCGAUUUGGUGCUGUUUUCCCGUGGUCCCGUUCAAUUCGAAAAAAAGUGUGGCCAUUGGAUUUUUUCCCAAAUUAUUGUUGUCCCUUUUCUGGUUACACAUAAAAAUAAAAAAAAUUCAUCACAUCUGAAACAACAAUAAAGUUUUUUUUUUUUUUUUUCUGUUUUGGGUGCAAAAUGACUACAAACGAAUCUUAGAUUUUUUUAUUUAUUUUUGUAUAUUCUUUUCUUAUUGUUUAUUCAUAAUAAAAACAAAAAUAAUAAAGAAAAGUUAAUUUAUAUCUUCUUGUCGAGUUAGUAAACCCCUUUUUUUUGUUGGUUGGUCUAUUAGAUAAUUCUAAUUCCACCUUUCCGUUCGGCAAUAUAAAUUUUGUGGUGCUGCAAAAAAAGUUGAAGUUUUUUGUAUUUGUAGCGAAAGAAAAAAAAAGUGCGUCUAUUUGGCAAACGAUAACUAUACCAGCGGGGUAGAGGGGAUUUACUCGAUGGAUUUUUUGUUGUAGUUUUGUUGUUGUUUUUUUUUUGUUGCUGUGCUGUGGUAUUUCGUGGGUGCUUCCAAUUAUAUUAUUACAAAUUAUAUAUAUCUCCUGUUGCGCCGUAGUACAAAUCGAUCUUCUACUUCUAAGAAAUUCGUCACAAGCUAUCAAUAGUUUAUUGUUUCUUUUCUUCUUUUUGGUGUUUCCGACCGACUGUGAUUAAUAGAUUUGAAACAUGCAGUCCAUGAAAGCAGAUGCUUUGCCACAGAAUCCUCGGGAACGAGCGAAUCCACUUUCGUUUUUAUGUUUUUGUUACACAUUACCCACAUUUUGGAAGGGUAGAAAAAAAGUUUUAGACUCUAGUGAUCUUUACUCAGCUCUCAAAACUCAUAAAUCAGACACAUUGGGCAACAAAUUAUGUGCUGCAUGGGAUAAUCAACUUUUAAGAAAAUCCAAGACUGGAAAGGAACCAAGUUUAUUGAGAGCUACAUUAGCUGUAUUUGGUUUACAAUUUUCACUAUUCGGUCUUGUACUAUUUUUUAUAGAAGUUGGUCUAAGAAUAACACAACCAUUGUUCCUAGGUGGGUUAGUAACUUACUAUUCAGUAAGUGAAAGCCCCGAUACUAUUAUGACAGCAUACCUUUAUGCAUUAGGUAUAAUUGUGUGUAGUGCGUUGAAUGUUAUGUUUCAACAUCCUUAUAUGUUGGGAACGAUGCACGUUGGUAUGAAAAUGAGAGUAGCUAUGUGCAGUAUGAUAUACAGAAAAGCAUUGCGAUUAAGUCAAAAUGCUUUGGGUGAUACAACUGCGGGACAAGUUGUUAAUCUUAUAUCAAAUGAUGUUGGCCGCUUGGAUUUGGCUACAAUUUUUGUGCAUUAUCUGUGGCUGGGACCUCUUCAGACAAUAGUUAUUACAUAUCUUAUGUACCAACAGAUCGGUAUCUCAUCGACAUUUGGUGUCGCAUUUAUGUUACUAUUCUUGCCUCUUCAAGCCUACUUGGGUAAAAAGACCUCCGUUUUACGUUUACGCACUGCCCUACGCACAGACGAACGUGUGCGUUUAAUGAAUGAAAUUAUUCAAGGUAUCCAAGUUAUAAAAAUGUACGCUUGGGAAAUUCCAUUUGGCAAAAUGGUUGCUUUGGCCCGUAAAAAGGAAAUCACCCCAAUUCGAAAUGUAUCAUACAUUCGUGGUAUUCUGUUAUCCUUCAUCAUGUUCCUUACACGAGUAUCAAUUUUUACCAGUUUGGUUGGCUAUGUUCUCCUUGGAUAUGUAUUGACUGCUAAACAAGCUUUCAUGGUUACAGCUUAUUAUAAUAUUUUAAGAACUACAAUGACGGUAUUCUUUCCCCAAGGUAUAUCACAAUUGGCAGAAGCUCUUGUUUCUAUAAAACGUAUUCAAAAGUAUAUGCUCUAUGAUGAAACAAAUGUUCGUGAUAAGUCUUUGGAUAAUAAUGAACUCGAUGAUGAUGUCACUACGAGUAACCAAUCCACCAUUGUUAAAGGUCAUGACACGAUAAACGGUAACGGAAAACACCAAGAGAAACAACCAAUGGUUGUUGCCAAUGGUAAUGCUACAUUAUCAGAAGCUGGCGUCAUCAUCAGCAAUUUAAAGUCGAAAUGGAACUCAGCUUCGACAGAAUACACUUUAGAUGACGUCAAUUUGAGAGUUCAACCAGGAACUUUGGUGGCAAUCAUAGGUCCAGUCGGUUCCGGAAAAUCAAGUCUUAUUCAAACUAUUUUGGGUGAAUUGACACCUGAAUCGGGAACUGUUACCGUGAAUGGCACCUACUCAUAUGCUUCACAAGAGCCCUGGCUUUUUACAGGAACUGUGCGACAAAAUAUUCUGUUUGGCCAGCCAAUGGAUAAACAUCGUUAUCGUGUUGUUAUAAAGAAAUGUGCUCUGGAAAGAGAUCUUGAACUUUUGCCCCACGGAGAUAAGACAAUUGUUGGUGAACGUGGAGCUUCACUCUCAGGAGGUCAGAAAGCUAGAAUAAGUUUAGCACGAGCUGUUUAUCGUAAAACUUCGAUAUACUUGCUUGAUGAUCCACUCAGUGCUGUAGAUACUCACGUCGGGCGCCACUUAUUCGAUCAAUGUAUGCGUGGAUAUUUGCGAGAGAAUAUCGUUGUUCUAGUAACUCAUCAGCUUCAGUUCCUUCAACACGCCGAUCAAAUUGUUAUCAUGGACAAAGGAAAAGUUAGUGCUGUGGGUUCAUACGAAUCGCUGAGAGAAAGUGGACUUGACUUUGCAAAAUUGCUUUCUGAUCCAGAGAGUAACGAGAACGAAGAUGGAACAUUGUCUAGAUCUGGAAGUAGGCUGUAUAAGCGCCAAAAUAGUGAAUCAUCACUCAAAUCUGCUGCUGAUUCUUGUGUUGGUGAAGAUGCACCCAUGGAAGUGCAAGAAGUUGGUGGACAAGGUCGCAUAGGACUUGACUUAUACAAACAGUAUUUCCGAGCUGCUGGUGGUUUCUUAUUAUUCUUCGUAAUUCUGAUGUUGUUCUUAGUGGCUCAGAUACUUGCAUCUGGCGGAGACUACUUUUUAUCAUAUUGGGUCAACAAACGCGGCACUCCAAAUACUCCAGAAGUUCCAGAAAAUAUUAAAUCAUCUAAUAAUGAUACAUUCAUAGUCACAACCCCACCGAAUAUGAUUGUCCAAGGCAUUUCAAAGUUUCUGGAGGAAGUUGGAAUGGACAAAAUUAAUGAUGCUGUUGAUAUUUAUAUUUUUACUGGAAUCACUGUCUUAACAAUUGUAAUCACUCUAUGUCGUAGUUUCUUCUUCUUCAGUUGUGCAAUGAGAGCUUCGAUAUAUCUACACAAUGCAAUGUUUCAAGGAGUUACUAGAGCGACAAUGUACUUUUUCAAUACAAAUCCAUCAGGUCGUAUUUUAAAUCGAUUCUCUAAAGAUAUGGGUCAAGUGGAUGAAAUUCUACCUUCUGUGAUGAUUGAUGUAGUUCAAAUCUUUUUGCAAUUGAUUGGAAUUGUGGUUCUAGUGUCUUUGGUCAAUCCAGUGUUUUUAUUGCCAACAGCUAUUUUGGGAGUUAUAUUCUAUUAUUUGCGUGUGUUCUAUUUGAAGACAUCACGGGAUAUCAAACGAAUGGAAGCCAUGACUCGAUCACCUGUAUAUUCUCAUCUAUCUGCUUCAUUGAGUGGAUUAGCCACAAUUCGGUCAUUUGGGGCACAAAGGAUACUCAUAACAGAGUUUGAUAAUCAUCAAGAUUUACAUAGUUCAGCUUUCUAUUUGUUUAUUUCAACAAAUCGAGCCUUUGGAUUUUGGUUAGAUUGUUUCUGUGUGGCAUACAUUGCCAUCAUCACGUUGAGUUUCUUUAUCUUCCCUCCAGAAAAUGGUGGCAAUGUUGGUCUGGCUAUUACACAGGCCAUUGGAAUGACAGGAAUGGUGCAGUGGGGUAUGAGACAGUCAGCAGAAUUAGAAAAUACAAUGACGGCCGUGGAAAGAGUUGUCGAAUAUGACACAAUCGAGCCCGAAGGUGCUUUAGAAUCUGCUCCUGAGAAAAAACCACGCAAAGAAUGGCCAGAGGAUGGUAAAGUGGUGUUUGAUAAUCUAAGUCUUCGGUACUUCCCGGAUCCUAAGUCUGAUUCGGUUCUCAAAAAUCUGAAUCUGGAAAUAGCACCAUGUGCAAAGGUGGGAAUAGUAGGACGCACAGGAGCUGGAAAAUCCUCCCUUAUCAAUGCCUUGUUCCGUUUGUCAUUUAAUGAUGGUUCAGUGAUUAUUGAUCAAAUAGACACCAAUGAAAUUGGGUUACACGAUUUGAGGAGCAAGAUUUCAAUUAUUCCUCAAGAACCAGUGUUAUUCUCGGGAACGAUGCGAUACAAUUUGGAUCCAUUCGAUGAGUACUCUGAUGAGAAACUAUGGGAUUCUUUGGACGAGGUCAAGCUUAAGAAAGUUGUAUCAGAUCUUCCUUUCGGUCUGCAAAGUAAAAUAUCAGAGGGCGGUAGUAAUUUCAGUGUUGGUCAAAGACAGCUGGUUUGUCUGGCCCGUGCUAUUUUGCGAGAAAACAAAAUUCUGGUUAUGGAUGAGGCAACUGCCAAUGUUGACCCACAGACCGAUGGGCUGAUUCAGACUACAAUACGAAGAAAGUUCAAAAAUUGUACGGUACUUACAAUUGCUCAUCGUCUUCACACGGUUAUGGACUCAGACAAGGUUUUAGUUAUGGAUGCUGGACGGGCUGUAGAAUUUGGUUCGCCUUAUGAACUGCUUACAGAAAGUACUUCGAAAGUAUUCUAUGGAAUGGUUAACCAAAUGGGCAAAGGCACAUUUGAAAACUUCUUGAGGAUAUCAAAACAGGCCCAUGAAGAAAAUCUAAAACAAAAAGCGGAAUAAGUUGUUCAUAGCAAACGAACCUUUAAGUAAAUAAGAGUUUUCCUUCAAAGAAACAGUUGCUGUGAAAAAAAAAACAAAAAACAAAA